CCUCGACUUUGAAGAAACUGCAAGGGAAUUCCUGAGCAAGAACCGCAGGAGGAACGCAGAGUGUCGUCUAUUUGUCCUGACAAAACAACAUUUAGCUCCAAGAGUUUCUGCAAAACGUUCAAUUCUUGACGUUUCAUCUGAUUAUGGUGGCUGAAGCAGACGUUGUUUAUCAACAGAGCCUGCCUCUGUUGGAUGUACAGUAUAUUCCCAAAGCAAGCAGUAUUCAUGAGAUCGAAGAGCCACCCUUCGUCUCGCCAUCAUCCGGCCCUUCUGGUCCUGACAAACUUCGCGCAUAUGACGCAGUCUCUGCCCAUUUACUGAAUUCACAACAAGACGUUUUAGCUGCAAAACAAGUCCCCCGUGCUUCUCUUGAUUCUGCUGUUGUGCAGUUUGUGCCCACCAUCCGUUCUGGUAGUUAUGCUGACAUUGGGCCGCGUAGAUACAUGGAAGACGAGCAUAUAAUGAUAGAUGAUCUGUCUUCUCACCUGGGAUCACUUUAUAAGUUCCCUAAACCCAGUGCAUUUUAUGGGGUGUUUGAUGGUCAUGGAGGAUCUGAAGCUGCCGCUUAUAUUCGUAAAAAUGUGAUAAGAUUUAUUUUCGAGGACGCCAGCUUCCCACAGUCAUCUGAAGUUGAUAAUGUUUUCCUACAAGAAUUAGAGAACUCCCUUAGGAAGGCAUUUCUUUUGGCCGACUCUGCUUUAGCUGAUGAUUGUAGUGUGAGCAGUUCGUCAGGGACCACAGCGCUCACAGCUUUAAUAUUUGGAAGGCUGUUGAUGGUGACCAAUGCUGGUGAUUGUCGAGCAGUUCUUUGCCGUAAAGGGGAGGCAAUUGACAUGUCUCAAGAUCACAGGCCUAUAUAUCCAUCGGAACGGAGGCGCGUUGAGGAAUCAGGUGGUUUCGUUGAUGAUGGUUAUCUUAAUGGGGUGUUAUCAGUUACUCGAGCACUAGGGGACUGGGACAUGAAGCUCCCACGGGGUUCUCCUUCACCUCUGAUUGCAGAGCCAGAGUUUAGGCAAGUGGUUCUAACAGAGGACGACGAAUUCCUCAUCAUAGGAUGCGAUGGAAUUUGGGAUGUUAUGUCAAGUCAGCAUGCAGUGAGUGUUGUCAGGAGAAGCCUGAGGCGCCACGAUGAUCCGGGGAAGGGCGCCAGAGACCUGGUCAUGGAAGCUUUGCUGCUGAAUGCGUUUGACAAUCUCACAGUAAUUGUUGUGUGCUUCACAUCCCCUGAUCACAGGGAACUAUCACCCGCCCACAGGUUGAGACAUUGUAGCCUUUCUACAGAAGCACUUGGUAGCUUGAGGAGCUUGUUGGAAGGAAGUGCUAGCAACUGAAUGAAUGUAUAUAACAAUUUGUCAGAUACUGGCAUCUCGGAUAUUUCAUUUUCUGUUUUUCAGCUGCUUCUAGUUAAGAGAUCAGGAAAAACAGCAAACCAUUUUUUGGUCCGACGUCGGUUGAUGUACAUGGUUUAGGGUGUGGCUGACGGCGGUGUAAAUAUGAAGUCGAAAUGAUCCAGUUUUGUAUGAAUUUGUUUAUUUUAGCGAAUUUUUAGUCUUGAAAA